AUGGCCGUCGUCACCGACAUCCAGCUCGUCAACGACUGUCCCACCGGCAAAAAAUUGGUUACCGUCGGACGCGACCAAAUCGUCAGUAUCUACAACGUCGACAACCAAAAAUUCACACUCUAUACGACCAUACCCGUCUACGAAUCCAUCGAGGCCUGCAUCGUCCUGGGCGAACGCGCCCUGUAUCCCAGAACGUCUGCUCCCAAACCUCCCGGCUCCCUCGACGUCCUCGUCGCGGGCGAAAGCGGGCGCCUGAAAAUCUGGAACUCGAAAACCUCCACCUGUGUUUGGGAACAAAAAGACCCGUCGGUGCCCGUCGACUACCUGAUCCUGGCCAAAAAAACUCAAGCGGAGCCAACGCAAAAAUCCGAUCGCGAUUUUUCCUCCUCAAACCCCGAGCAAAGCCAACUCCCCCCCGAUCGACAAGACGCCCUCGUCGUCGUAACUCAAGACCGAAACAUGCACGUCUACUCCGCAGACACUCUAAAACUCACCACGACCAUCGUCGGUUACAACGACGAAAUCAUGGAUCUAGCGCACAUCUCUCAAGACGAAAUCGCCGUAGCCAUCAACUCAACCUGCCUUCACCUCUUCAAACUACCCUCCUUCAACUCCAGAGUCCUAGGCAUGACCGACUCGAAGGAAAACACGUCCAAUAUCUGCCACAAAGAACCCAUCCUGGCACUGGCCGUCUCCCCUUGUCAACAAUGGAUCGCAACCGCGGGCAAAGACCAAAUCCUCAUCGUCUGGUGCAUCGCUCUCAACCAAGCCGUCGCUCAACUCACCGGCCACACCGGUGCAGUCCUGGCCACUCAGUUCUGUGGAAAAACCCCCCACUACCUCGCAAGCGGCAGCCAAGACACCACCGUCAAAGUCUGGGACCUCUCCGCAAUUCUGAAAGACACCCCCAACCCAACCCCCCCUCCCACCUCUCAACGCAUUUCUGCCAGCCUGGCCACCGUCAAAGCACACGCCAAAGACGUCAACUGUCUGACCAUCUCGCCCAACAACGCUCUCUUGGCCACCGGCUCCCAAGACAAAACUAUCAAACUCUACUCUCUUAACAAACUACACCAACGACUACUCGUCGAUCGAGGCACCCUCCAAGGACACAAACGAGGCGUCUGGGACCUAGCGUUCUCCCCCGUCGACAAAGUCCUGGCCUCUUGCUCGGCGGACCAAACCGUCAAGCUGUGGAACAUCCGAGACCUCACGUGCAUCAAAACCUUCCAAGGACACACCGCCAGCGUCCUGCACGUCCGGUUCAUAACGCACGGCCUCCAACUCCUGAGCGCCGGCGCCGACUCACUUGUCAAACUCUGGAACAUACACGACAACGAAUGUGUAAACACGUUCGAUGUCCACGAAGACAAAAUUUGGGGGCUCUCCGUCGAGCCAGGGUCUCAGGGCGCCUCCUUCGUCACCGGCGGCAGCGACUCUCUAAUGUGUCUGUGGCAAGACAACACCGAACAAGAAAUCGAGGAAGAAGCGCGACGACGAGACCAAGACAUCCUCUCCACACAACACCUAGAAAAUUUAACUCUGUCAGAAAAAUACACGGAAGCAGUGAAACUCAGCCUACAUCUAGACAGGCCUUUCCAAACGCUGCAGGCACUCCAGUCCAUGCAAGCCGACCCGUCGGAAGAAAAAGUGCGCAAUUCCCUGAAAACGCUCAUCGCCGACUUGACCUAUGAACAACUACAAAAACUGCUUAAAUACGUCAAAGAUUGGAACACAAACUCAAAAUACGCCCUUGUGUCGCACAGAAUACUGUAUUAUAUCUUCACCACGUUCAGCCCCGACUCGCUAAUCCAACUGCCCUACAUGAAGGAAACUCUCCAGGCACUCAUCCCAUAUACCAUACGCCAUUCUCAAAGAGUGAACAGGCUGCUGCAAAACUCUUACAUCCUAGACUACAUGCUGCAACACAUGAGCCUGCUUCCAGACUUGGACAAUAUUGACGCCUCAACCGAGGGUUACCGAACUCAGCUAACGAAUGCCGCACCAGCUGGCACGGAGGCGAGCGCGGGCGAAACCAGCUGAGAACCGUCAACACGAAAAGUUUCGAAAAAAUUUUGGCAAGCGAAUGCAGAGCGUAAUAAACACAGUAUCUGCAUCAAUUAAGAUGAUGGCGGGGAUGGGGCCAGCCUAGAAAGCUCAUCUAAGUAA